AUGCGCCCUUCCCAACCAAAGAUGUCCCGUUCUAGGAGCAUUGCUUCGAUCCAGGUUCUUCCAGUAGGCCAGAGUGGCUUUGGUCGUGGAAAUGACACUGAGCUACUCACCCUGAAUGCAGACUUGGAACCAUCGAGGCCGUUGCCCUUGGCCGAGACCGGAGAAACAAGUGCCAAGGCAUGGAUAACCGUUGUUGGUGCUUUUCUCUUCCUCUUUCCUAGCUACGGUCUUAUGCAAUCUAUUGGUACCAUCCAAUCUCAUCUCGAGUUGAAUCAAUUGUCGUCUUACUCUUCACGAGACGUUGGUUGGAUAGCAGGGACUUUUACGUCGCUGGCCAUGUUUUUAGGCAUCCAAAUCGGGCCAAUGUUUGACGCUUAUGGGCCUCGAGUUCUGGGUCCAAUUGGAUGCAUCAUCUAUAUUCCCACGUUCUUUGUGCUGGCAGAAUGCCGUGUAUACUGGCACUUCAUGCUGGUACUUGGAGUCUGGGGUGGGACGGGAGCUGCAAUACUCUCCAUGGUCGGGGUCGGAAUAGUUGGCAAAUGGUUUGUACGUCGACGUGGCCUUGCCAUGGGUAUCGCCCUCUGCGGCUCAAGUCUCGGCGGGGUUGUGCUGCCAUUGACGCUUCGGAGCCUUCUGCCAAGUCUUGGAUGGGCUUGGGCCAUGAGAAGUCUAGCUUUUCUACUGGCGGCUGUGAUGGUUGCAGGAGCUGCUUGUCUUCAGCAGUCGAUGCCCGUCGUCGAAGCCGCUUCCGAAAACCGACGCCGCAAGAGAGUGGCGCUGAAUUUCAUGGCUCUCACAAGCGGCACCUUCACGUUUGUAACCAUCGGGCUUUUUGCCCUUGAGUUUGCGGCAUUCGGCGUCUUUUCUCUUCUCCCGACCUAUGCGACUGCCGCCAACUUUCCUUCCGAUACUGGCUUUGGCUUGGUUGCCGUCGCCAACGCCAUGUCCACGGCAGGUCGCCUUUUGCCGGGAUUAGCUGGUGAUCACUUUGGCCACUUCAAUAUCCUGCUCGCCAUGAUUUUGGUUACUGCGAUCUUUACUGGAGCCAUAUUAGUCCCGUUUGGUUCUAGCUCGUUGGGCGCGCUAUAUGCAUUCUCCGCGCUCUGGGGCUUCGGCAGUGGAUCAUUUAUUUCAUUAACUCCAGUCUGCAUGGGCAAGACAUGCGAGAGUGAAGAUUAUGGAAGAUAUUUUGGGACAAUGUACUUCUUUGUCAGUUUCUCGUUGUUGAUUGCUAGUCCAUUGGGAGGAGAGAUGCUACAAAACUUUGGCACGCGCGCAUUAGCAUGCCUGUACAUGUCAGUUGUUGUAGCGGGUGGCAUUGCUUUUCUUCUAGCACGACAGCUACUCUAUGGGAAGAGAGGACUGGGGAUUAGAGAAAAGAUUUAAUACAAUUGAGACUUUAUAUCCCUACGACCCUGCGCAUCGCCCAUGUUAUUAGGCCAGGCUUGCCUCUUUGACAAUCUCUACAGGCUUUCUUAUGUAGUACAGAAACAAGUAGACUGGAUUGUCGUAAUCAAUUCCGUCUUGUUCCGCUUCAACCCUGAUCCACACAAUCCGCGGCCUA